AUGCGGCUGCUGCUGGCGCUCCUGGCCCUCGCCGCCUCCCGGGCCCCGGCCCGCGCAGAGUCACACUGGUGCUACGCGGUUCAAGCGAAGGACUCCACGGACUGCCUGGGGCCGGACCGCUGGGGCGGACAGUGCCAGCAGGACCGCCAGUCCCCCAUCAACAUCGCCACCCCCCGGGCGCAGGUGAACGACAGCCUGGGCCCCUUCUCCUUCUCCGGCUACGACAAGAAGGAGAAGUGGAGCGUCCAAAACAACGGGCACUCAGUGAUGGUGUCUCUGGAGAGCGGGAUCUCGAUUGCUGGAGGCGGCCUGGCCUCCCCGUACCGGGCCAAGCAGCUGCACCUGCACUGGUCCCGGGAGCCGGAUGCCGGCUCCGAGCACAGCCUGGACGGGGAACGCUUCGCCAUGGAGAUGCACAUUGUACAUGAGAAAGAGAAGAAAGAGGCCCAGGACACCAAAGACGAGAUUGCAGUGCUGGCCUUCCUGGUGGAGGCUGGAUCCAAGAACGAGAACUUCCAGCCGCUGGUGGAGGCCCUGUCUGCUGUCCCCAGACCCAUGAUGAGCACCACAAUGAAGAAGAGCGUCAGCCUGUUUGACCUGCUCCCCGAGCAGGAGAAACUGAGGCACUACUUCCGCUACCUGGGCUCGCUCACCACGCCGGGCUGCGACGAGAAGGUCGUCUGGACUGUGUUUGCGGAGCCCAUUCAGCUCCACAGGGACCAGAUCCUUGCGUUCUCCGAGAAGCUGUACUACGACAACGAGCAGAAACAGAAGAUGACGGACAACGUCAGGCCCCUGCAGCGCCGGGGGCAGCGCCCCGUGUUCAGGUCCCAGGCCCCCGGCCAGCUGCUGCCCCUGCCGCUGCCCGCUCUGCUGGCCCCCACGCUCACCUGCCUGGUGGCUGGCUUCCUCCGAUGA